UCUGGCCAUUUCAGGGAAAUUACUUUACAUGUGCACUUAUGUUAGAAUACAUUUGCUGAGGAAUAUCUAUGUGAUACAGUUUUCAUUUCUCUGUCUCGUGGAAUGUGUGGUGGAUAAGAUCCAAAGAAAGGUGGUGUAGAGAGUGUGGCAGGAAGUUUGAUAGGGGUUUGGUUAACUGUCUGUCAGCACUCGCUCUCUCUCUCACUCUCACUCUCUCUUUUUUUCUCAAUCUCACUCUAACGCACUUUCUCUUUUUGCUGUGCAGAGAUCUCCCUUCACUUUGUAACGAGGCAAGCGCUAGGACUAAGUCACUAUUAAUGGGCCGAAAACUGAGUAGCUUGUGGUAGGUUUACACCAUUUUUCUGCUUUCUUGGACGACAGUCAUUGCACCUUUAAUCUGAAACAUUUCAGAACAAGUUAAAUGUGGGUACAGAUACGCAUUUGGUCGUCUUUUGCCAAAUAGAGAUGCACUGGUUUCCAGAGACACAUCAAAGGACUGUUUUGUGAUCAUAAUGCUUGCCAAGGCUAGAGAGAAAGGUCUGAGUUUUGUGAGAUGACCUUUCUAAAAUUUGUUUCUGUUCAGUAUAACUAAAUCCCACUGAACCCGUGGAUAAUGAGCGCAGUGCGUACUGCUCCAGUUCAGGCGGAGAGUCAGAGGCUUUCCUGGGUUGUUGGGGUUGUGACUGUGGUGGCGAUUACCUCAUCCUUGCUAUCAGCUCUGUCCCUAUACCACGUGCUGGCUCUGCAGGCAGAGGUGGAAGUGCUGAGGAACGAAGUGAGCCGCAGGAGAGAAGGAUGCAGGGACACACCAAGGGAAAGUGUGAGAGGACCUCAGCCUCAUCAGCAGCAACGUGAGGACGACAGGAACAAAGCCCUGGUGAGUACCAGUGUGGCGCCCCCUAAUAUGCAGAUGGAUGCUUCUAGAAGGCAGCAAGAGAAGUUCAAAUUGAAGAAGAGAAGUCUGGCAAGCGAGUCUGAACAAUCAGUGGUUCAGCCAUUCUUGCAGCUGAUGGCAGACAGCAAGAGGGAAAUCUUUCAGAAAGAGUUUACACAGGAGAAACACACUGGCAUUCCGUGGCAGGCAAGUCUAAAACGAGGCUCAGCUCUUGAGGAGGAACAGGAUGUCAUAGUGGUCAAAGAGGAGGGCUACUACUUCAUUUACAGUCAGGUUUAUUACAAAGACCCCACUUUUGCAAUGGGUCAUAUCGUAAUCCGCAUGAAAAAGUAUGUGGUUGGGGACGAGAGUCAACAUGUUGUUCUGUUCCGCUGCAUCCAGAGCAUGAACGUGAAAGUUCCUUAUAACACCUGCUACACAGGAGGGAUAGUGAAGCUAGAUGUUGGAGACAGAGUGGAGCUGCUCAUACCUCGCCCCACAGCAACCAUCUCUCUGGAUGGAGACUGCACCUACCUGGGGGCCAUCAAACUGGCCUGAUCUAACUCAAGGAGAUGGAACUCUACAAGAUAGUGGACAUGAGACACCAGGUUAUACUGCUUUUGGAAAUCUCAGUAUACCCACUUUCUUUCACUAACCUAUAGAGAUUGUGCAUUUUGCCCAACUUAGUGUAUUGUUAGGAACUGAUGAACUCCAAUACUUUACAUGUGGAGGUUGAUGAGUGUGAGCUAAAUACAUGUGAAAUUACUGCAGUAAGCUUCCUCUCAGUGUGAAUGAGUGUAUGAAUGUGUGUGUACCUGGUGCUCUAUGAUGGAACGGUAUCCCAUCCAGGAUGAAUUCUCCCAUGCAGCCACGGUUCCUGGGAUUGGCUCCGGUAUAACUGCAACCCCGACCAAGAUAAAUGGGUGACUGAACAGAAUGAAUGAUUUGCUCCUAGUUGAUUAUACUAUAUGGUGGGUGGGUGAUUAUACGGUGCCCUGUGAUAGACAUCCAGGCUUUAUUCCCUCCUCACAUGCAGUGUUCCUGGGAUAUGCUCCGGAUGCUGGAUAAAGUGCUUACUGAAUAUAACUGAAUGAGUGGGACAUUUGGAACUCUUUACACAGUGUAAAUCAAAGUCAGCUUAUGGACCUUGGAAACUAGUGUCAUA